AUGGCCGAGCUACAGCCAGAGGUGCAACAGGACCAAUCGGGGAACCGGGCCCGGCCACACGCAGGAGGGCAGCAGGAGCCGCCCGGGGGAGAGCAGCAUGAGCUGCCAAGGGAAGAGCAGCACGAGCUGCCGGCAAGGGAGCAGCAAGCAAGGGAGCAGCAAGCGGUAGAAGUGGAGAUGGCCGAGCUACAGCCAGAGGCACAGCAGGACCAAUCGGGAAACCAGGCCUGGCCACAGGCAGGAGGGCAGCAGGGGCCGCCCAGGGGAGAGCAGCAUGAACUGCCAAGGGAAGAGCAGCAGAAGCCGCAGGGGGUGGGGCAGCUGCCGGAGCGGGAGCAGCAAGCGGUGGAUGUGGAGAUGGCCGAGCUACUGCCAGAGCUGCAGCAGGACCAAUCAGGGAACCAGGCCCGGCUGCAGGCAGGAGGGCAGCAGGAGAUGCUGGGGGAAGAGCGGCAGGAGCUGCCAACAGGAGGGCAGCUGGAGCUGUUGGGGGGAGGGCAGCAGGAGCGGUCGGAGGGGGAGCGGCGGGAGUUGCCGGCGCGGGGGCAGCUGGAGGUCGCUAGUGCGGACUCUACUAGCCAAGCGAAGAGAACCCGGGCACGGGGCCGAGGCGGGAGACGACACGCCCGUAAGACGCAAGGGCGGACUGGAAGCGGUGCUGCCGCACAGCAGGCGGAGGGGCAGCCGGGGGCGACCGAGACACCCCCGGGAGCCCCGCGGGUGGGGGGGCAGCCCCGGGUGCCUGGGGCGCCCCAAGGAGAGCAGCAGCCAGGGGGGCAGCCGGGGGUGACCGGAGCACCCCAGGGAGAGCAACAGGCAGGAGGGCAGCCGAGGGUGCCCCGGGCACCCCAGGGAGUGCAGCACGCAGGGGGGCAGCCGAGGGUGCCCAGGGCACCCCAGGGAGUGCAGCAGGCAGGAGGGCAGCAGGGGGUGCCCGGGGCACCCCAGGGAGUGCAGCAGGCAGGAGGGCAGCCGAGGGUGCCCGGAGCACCCCAGGGAGUGCAACAGGCAGGGGGGCAGCCGGGGGUGCCCGGGGCACCCCAGGGAGUGCAGCAGGCAGGAGGGCAGCCGAGGGUGCCCGGAGCACCCCAGGGAGUGCAACAGGCAGGGGGGCAGCCGGGGGUGCCCGGGGCACCCCAGGGAGUGCAGCAGGCAGGAGGGCAGCCGAGGGUGCCCGGGGCACCCCAGGGAGUGCAGCAGGCUGGAGGGCAGCCGAGGGUGCCCGGAGCACCCCAGGGAGCGCAGCAGGCAGGGGGGCAGCCGGGGGUGCCCGGGGCACCCCAGGGAGUGCAGCAGGCAGGUGGGGAGACGGGGGUGCCCGGAACACCCCAGGGAGUGCAGCAGGCAGGAGGGCAGCCGAGGGUGCCCGGGGCACCCCAGGGAGUGCAGCAGGCAGGAGGGCAACCGAGGGUGCCCGGGGCACCCCAGGGAGUGCAGCAGGCAGGGGGGCAGCCGGGGGUGCCCGGAGCACCCCAGGGAGUGCAGCAGGCAGGAGGGCAGCCGAGGGUGCCCGGAGCACCCCAUGGAGUGCAGCAGGCAGGAGGGCAGCCGAGGGUGCCCGGGGCACCCCAGGGAGUGCAGCAGGCAGGAGGGCAGCCGAGGGUGCCCGGGGCACCCCAGGGAGUGCAGCAGGCAGGUGGGGAGCCGGGGGUGCCCGGAGCACCCCAGGGAAUGCAGCAGGCAGAAGGGCAGCCGAGGGUUCCCGGGGCACCCCAGGGAGUGCAGCAGGCAGGAGGGCAGCCCUGGGUGCCCGGGGCGCCCCAAGGAGAGCAGCAGCCAGGGGGGCAGCCGGGGGUGACCGGAGCACCCCAGGGAGAGCAACAGGCAGGAGGGCAGCCGAGGGUGCCCCGGGCACCCCAGGGAGUGCAGCAGGCAGGGGGGCAGCCGAGGGUGCCCAGGGCACCCCAGGGAGUGCAGCAGGCAGGAGGGCAGCAGGGGGUGCCCGGGGCACCCCAGGGAGUGCAGCAGGCAGGAGGGCAGCCGAGGGUGCCUGGAGCACCCCAGGGAGUGCAGCAGGCAGGAGGGCAGCCGAGGGUGCCCGGGGCACCCCAGGGAGUGCAGCAGGCAGGAGGGCUGCCGAGGGUGCCCAGGGCACCCCAGGGAGUGCAGCAGGCAGGUGGGGAGACGGGGGUGCCCGGAACACCCCAGGGAGUGCAGCAGGCAGGAGGGCAGCCGAGGGUGCCCGGGGCACCCCAGGGAGUGCAGCAGGCAGGAGGGCAGCCGAAGAUGCCUGGGGCACCCCAGGGAGUGCAGCAGGCAGGUGGGGAGCCGGGGGUGCCCGGAGCACCCGAGGGAAUGCAGCAGGCAGGAGGGCAGCCGAGGUUGCCCGUGGCACCCCAGGGAGUGCAGCAGGCAGGAGGGCAGCCGAGGGUGCCCGGAGCACCCCAGGGAGUGCAACAGGCAGGGGGGCAGCCGGGGGUGCCCGGGGCACCCCAGGGAGUGCAGCAGGCAGGAGGGCAGCCGAGGGCGCCCGGGGCACCCCAGGGAGUGCAGCAGGCUGGAGGGCAGCCGAGGGUGCCCGGAGCACCCCAGGGAGCGCAGCAGGCAGGGGGGCAGCCGGGGGUGCCCGGGGCACCCCAGGGAGUGCAGCAGGCAGGUGGGGAGACGGGGGUGCCCGGAACACCCCAGGGAGUGCAGCAGGCAGGAGGGCAGCCGAGGGUGCCCGGGGCACCCCAGGGAGUGCAGCAGGCAGGAGGGCAACCGAGGGUGCCCGGGGCACCCCAGGGAGUGCAGCAGGCAGGGGGGCAGCCGGGGGUGCCCGGAGCACCCCAGGGAGUGCAGCAGGCAGGAGGGCAGCCGAGGGUGCCCGGAGCACCCCAUGGAGUGCAGCAGGCAGGAGGGCAGCCGAGGGUGCCCGGGGCACCCCAGGGAGUGCAGCAGGCAGGAGGGCAGCCGAGGGUGCCCGGGGCACCCCAGGGAGUGCAACAGGCAGGGGGGCAGCCGGGGGUGCCCGGGGCACCCCAGGGAGUGCAGCAGGCAGGAGGGCUGCCGAGGGUGCCCGGGGCACCCCAGGGAGUGCAGCAGGCAGGUGGGGAGACGGGGGUGCCCGGAACACCCCAGGGAGUGCAGCAGGCAGGAGGGCAGCCGAGGGUGCCCGGGGCACCCCAGGGAGUGCAGCAGGCAGGAGGGCAACCGAGGGUGCCCGGGGCACCCCAGGGAGUGCAGCAGGCAGGGGGGCAGCCGGGGGUGCCCGGAGCACCCGAGGGAAUGCAGCAGGCAGGAGGGCAGCCGAGGUUGCCCGUGGCACCCCAGGGAGUGCAGCAGGCAGGAGGGCAGCCGAUGGUGCCCGGGGAACCCCAGGGAGUGCAGCAGGCAGGAGGGCAGGGAGUGCAGCAGGCAGGAGGGCGGCCGAGGGUGCCCGGAGCACCCCAGGGAGAGCAGCAGGCAGGGGGGCAGCCGGGGGUGACCGGAGCACCCCAGGGAGAGCAGCAGCUAGGGGGGCAGCCGGGGGUGACCCGAGCACCCCAGGGCGAGCAGCAGGCAGGGGAGCAGCCGGGGGUGACCGGAGCACCCCAGGGAGUGCAGCAGGCAGGAGGGCAGCCGAUGGUGCCCGGGGAACCCCAGGGAGUGCAGCAGGCAGGAGGGCAGGGAGUGCAGCAGGCAGGAGGGCAGCCGAGGGUGCCCGGAGCACCCCAGGGAGAGCAGCAGGCAGGGGGGCAGCCGGGGGUGACCGGGGCACCCCAGGGAGCGCAGCAGCCAGAGGGGAAGCCGAGGGUGCCCUGGGCACCCCAAGGAGCGCAGCAAGCAGGGGGGCGAUCGAUGGACGACCAGGAGCAACAGUUGGAGGAGUGGUGUCGACUUUUGGAGUUUGAUACCCCCAUGGCGACUGCGGAGGAGUCAGAGGCGGACGAAGAACCUCCCAUGCCGCCUUCCCCAUGCCCCCGCUUUCCGUGUGACACGUGUUUCCACACUUUCGCUACGCGAGGGGCUGCUGCGAACCACAUGAGGGUAUGCCGGGCGGCUGAGGCGGAGAGGCGUGCACAGGCUCUCGGCUCGAUUCCGUCUCUGGUGGAGACCGACACGCAGGAGCGAUCGACGCCGCGGCAAUUUGGGGACGAGGCGUGGGCUGGGGUUACGUCAUGGGAAUGGGAAACUUUUUUCAGUGUGGAGGCGGUUGGAGGGAGGACAGUGCGCCGGAUCCCACAGCGGGCCAGGCAUAGGUCAGAAGGCGCUGAUCACAGAGCGGUUGGGUGCGUUAUGGGAGGGGAGGUGGCGGGAGCUGUUCGACUCUGCCAUGGUGGCGGCGCGGCCAGCAGUUCGCCCACUUUCCUACACUUGCUCUGA